AAAACAAAUUCCAAAAAUAAAAUAAAAUAAAUUUUCAUCAAAUCAUAAAAAAACACAGUGGGUAUUGUGUCUUCUUGUUCUCUCUCCCAUAACCAACAUAAACCUUGGAUAGUUGUUCUUCACCUGUACUAUAUAUUUCUUAUAUAUAAUGCUGUCUUAAAAUCCCAGCUAAAGAUUCGACAGCCACAAAACGGAAUCUGAUCGAAUUUGGUUACUAUUUGAACAUCUUGUUGGACUAAACUUGUUCCAUGGGGCUACAAAUUGUCGAAGAGAAUUGAUUUGAAUAAGUGUAUAAUCUAGAAGACAAGAAAUGAUGUUGAGACUUAAACAAAUGAAGUAUUUUCACUUGGAGAAACGAUGGGCGUUCCCGCUAGCUAUAACUUCAAUUGUGACUCUUUUUCUCUUUGCAACAUGUUUGAAUUUGGGCACUGUGUCUUCAAUAUCCAAAAUCAAUUUGUUUUUUGGAAUUAGGCCAGAUAAAACAAGCAACAACUCUGCUGAAGAAAAGUUUGCUCCGCCUCCACCACCUGCUCGCCCAAAUAUACCUCGUUUUGCUUAUUUGGUUUCGGGAUCAAAAGGGGAUUUGAAUAAGUUAUGGAGGACGGUAAGGGCAUUGUAUCAUCCGUGGAACUAUUAUGUUCUUCAUCUUGAUCUUGAAUCACCACUUGAGGAGAGAAUGGAGCUUGCUUCACGAGUUGAAAAUGAUACCACUUUUGCUGCGGUUGGGAAUGUGUAUGUGAUCCCGAAAGCUAAUAUGGUUACGUAUAGAGGACCAACAAUGGUAUCAAACACUCUUCACGCGUGUGCCAUUCUUCUCAAGAAAUAUAAAGAUUGGGAUUGGUUUAUAAAUCUAAGUGCCUCGGAUUAUCCUCUCGUGACUCAAGAUGAUCUUCUUUUUUCAUUUCGUGAUUUGAAGCGGGAUUUGAAUUUCAUAGAGUACACAAGCCGAUUAGGCUGGAAAGAGAAACAAAGGGCAAUGCCAUUGAUGGUUGACCCGGGACUGUACCAGAACACAAAGUCAGAGAUCUUUUGGGUGCAACCAAAACGGGCACUCCCGACAUCUUUUAAAUUAUUUACAGGGUCGGCAUGGAUGAUAUUAUCACGUUCUUUUGUCGAAUAUUGCAUAUGGGGUUGGGAUAAUCUUCCAAGAACUCUACUCAUGUACUACACAAAUUUCGUCUCGUCACCAGAAGGUUACUUCCAAACAGUUAUCUGCAAUUCCCCUGAAUUUGUUCAAACAGUGGUGAACCACGAUAUGCACUUUAUUUCAUGGGACACCCCUCCAAAACAACAUCCACAUGUUCUUACCAUAAAUGACACAGACAAAAUGAUAGCAAGUGGAGCGCCAUUUGGACGCAAGUUUAAGCAAGAUACCCUUGUUUUGGAUAGAAUCGACCAAGAGUUAUUACAUCGUAAGAAUGGGAGCUUCACCCCAGGUGGAUGGUGCAAGGGCGACCCAUUGUGCACCAAAGUUGGGAAACCCACACGGGUGAAAGAGGGCCCUGGCGCCCAAAGGCUUAGUAAGCUAAUAAGCAACUUACUUCAACAACCUAUGUUUAGUAAAAGUCAAUGUCAAUAGUUAUAUAUGAAGUAGAACUGAAAAUAGUGCUUACAAUAUGAGUAUAUGCUAUAUAGCAUUUUUGCUUGGGGACGUAAGGAUUAAACUUGAUUAUACAUUUAGUUUAAUCUGCAAUUUGCAAGCUGAUGAACAGUUGUCACAUUGUAUCUAAAGUGCAAUGUUUUUGUUGUUAUAUUGAGUGAAUUUCCGUUA